UUGCCGCGGGCGGUCAGCACUCAGGCUCUGAGCAGCGCCGGACUUCUGCGAAUGGUCAACAAGGCCGCCGACGCCGUCAACAAGAUGACCAUCAAGAUGAACGAGUCGGACGCUUGGUUCGAGGAGAAGCAGCAGCAUUUUGAGAAUCUGGAUGUUCAGCUGAGGAAGCUUCACGCCAGCGUGGAGUCUCUGGUCUGUCACAGGAAAGAGCUGUCGGUGAACACGGCGCAGUUCGCCAAGUCUGCGGCGAUGUUGGGUAACAGCGAGGACCACACGGCGCUGUCCCGAGCUCUGUCCCAGCUGGCCGAGGUGGAGGAGAAGAUCGACCAGCUGCACCAGGACCAGGCCAACGCAGACUUCUACCUCUUCUCCGAGUUACUGGGCGACUACGUGCGCCUCAUCACCGCCGUCAAGGGUGUGUUUGACCACCGUAUGAAGACGUGGCAGAAGUGGCAGGACAGUCAGAUGCUGCUGCAGAAGAAACGAGAAGCUGAAGCCAAACUGCAGUUCAACAACAAACCGGACAAACUGCAGCAGGCCAAAGACGAGAUCAAAGAGGUGAGACACACAGACGGACAGAGGGACAGACACACAGACGGACAGAGGGACAGACACACAGACGGACAGAGGGACAGAGGGAUGAAUGUAGACCGGGGAUACUCACCUUGCUUUGCUUGUUGGCGACUUUUGCAAUAUGAGAGUCGCAGCAGCCCCAAACAUGUACCAGGUUUUUAGGACGUUUCUGUG